CCCCUGACCUUUGACCCCGCUCCUGGUCGGGCGCGGGCCUACGACCCCCGCCAUGGAGGCGGCCCCGGUCCCGGCGGGGAAGCGGAGGCGGUUCACGGUGCGGCAGGAGGGUCCCGCCGACCCCUCGGUCCCGUCGCUUUUCAAACCCUCUGGGCCCCCCCCCCGGCUCCCCCCGCCGAGUACGUGGUACAGCAGUCGGUCCCCACGGCCUGUCCCGGAACCACCGAACCGGUCCCGGUUCCCGUUAGCACGACUGGGGCUCCCCCCCGACCCCCUCAGCCCCCCGAACCUGGCGGUGGUGGUCCCCCGGGGGGAGCUGUACCGGGAGGGGGGGGGGGCAGCGCCGGGGACGUCCCCCCCCUGCCCGUGCUCAAACCGGGAGCCAAGAGCAGCAGCAUCAUCGUCAGCCCGCGGCAGCGGGGCAACCCGGUCCUGAAGUUCAUCCGCAACGUCCCUUGGGAGUUCGGCGACGUCGUCCCUGACUACGUGCUGGGCCAGAGCACCUGCGCCCUCUUCCUGAGCCUGCGGUACCACCACCUCAACCCUGGCUACAUCCAUGACCGCUUGCGGCACCUGGGCAGGAGCUACGGGCUGCAGCUGCUGCUGCUCCAAGUCGACGUGAAGGACCCACACCAGGCACUGAAGGAGCUGGCGAAGAUCUGCAUCCUGGCCGACUGCACCCUCCUGGUAGCCUGGAGCCCCGAGGAGGCCGGCAGGUACCUGGAGACCUACAAGGCCUACGAGCAGAAGCCACCCGACUUGCUGAAGGAGCGUGUGGAGCAGGAUUUCCUCUCCCGGAUGACCGACUGCCUGACCAGCAUCAAGUCGGUGAACAAGACGGAUGCGCUGAGUCUCCUCACCACCUUUGGGUCGUUGGCAGCCGUGGUGGAUGCCUCCAGGGAAGAUCUGUCCCUCUGCCCCGGUGUCGGACCCCAGAAGGCCAAGCGGCUCUUCGAUGUCCUGCACGAACCCUUCCUCAAGGUCCCCAAAUGAACCACCGCCCCCAGAAUCUUUGGUUUUAUAAUAAAUGGCAUUUAUCGGUGA